AUGAAGCUUUUUCUCAUCCGACAUGCAGAAACAGUGCACAAUGUAGCCCAGGCAUGGGCGGGCACCACUGACUCGGCCCUCACAAACCACGGCACACUCCAGAUAGAAUCUCUUGCGAAGCAUUUCGCAUCCAACGCGAUACACUUUGGUCAAGUCUUUGCAUCGGAUCUCAGCCGGGCCCACCUCACAGCUGCAGGCAUUUGCCUUCGCCAGCCACAAGACCAUGACAGACCACUGGCAGCCAUAUUAACAUCGGACUUGCGAGAAAGAGACUUUGGUUCCUUGGAAGGUAUACGCAUACAGUCUACAUCUACUAGACCUGAACGGGGAAAUGCCCCGCCCUCCCAGAAUCCCCAGCCCGACAAUCGCCUGAAUCCAACAUAUAAAGAGAGAGAGACCGUGAUCUCAAUGAGACAACGAGCAACCUCGUUUCUGAACGAGCACUUGUUACCCUUACUAUUCGACUAUUCAGAGACCGGUGCCAACGUCGCCAUCGUUUCCCAUGGUGUUUUUCUACGAGUCUUGUGGAAUCGACUUGUCGAACUCUUCGACCCAAUGGAUAUAUCUUUGGCGACUGGCGAUCCUUCCCGAGACAAUGGCCCAGCGGCUCUCUUCUCACCCAGUUGGUCGAAUACAGGAUUCAUGACAUUAUCAAUUCAGCCAAUCCCGGCCCCAAAAGAACAGAGUAAUUCUGAUCGGGGCACUGAUACGCUCCUGAAUGGCUGGGCUAUGAAAAUCAUGGCGGUUGAUAGUAAAGAGCAUCUCGCGGGUCUACACCGGACUCGUGGAGGAAUUGGCAGUGCCGUACAUGAUUCCCGCCAGAAGAGAAUCGACCAAUUUUUCAAGCGUUAA